AUGACAAUAGAUGAUGUAUGGAACUUGAAUUCUUUCCCCAUCAAACAAAUAUACCAGCAGCUCAGAGGGGUAUUUCAGAAGGUUACCUGGAGAAAAUUGGUGUGCAACAACCUUGGAUGUCCCAAGUGGAUUUUCAUAUUGACACUAGUUGCGAAUGAAAGGAUACACACAAGAGAUAGAUUGGAAAAAUGGGGAAUAACAAAUGACACAGAAUGUCCCCUGUGUGAGAAUGCGGUGGAGUCCAUCGACCAUUUAUUCUUUAGCUGCAGGUUCUCACAAGCUAUAUGGAGGAGGUUAUUAAAGUGGCAACGGAUAAACAGGCAACCUAUGCAAUGGAGUGAUGAGCUUAAUUGGGCUGUAACAAAUGCAUCAGGAAACUCCAUAGCAGCUCAGAUUUUCAGAAUAGUGCUGGCUGGAACUGUGUACUUUGUGUGGCAAGAAAGAAAUCAGAGGAUCUUCCAAGCAAAACACAGAGCAAGUAAUCAGACAAAUCAUUCAAGAUGCUCACUGUCGAGGGAGUAG